AUGGAUGAAGGCUUCCGAGAUCGGACAGCCUUCAUCCGUGGGGCUAAAGAUAUUGCAAAAGAGGUCAAGAAGCAUGCAACCAAGAAAGUGGUUAAAGGCCUUGACAGAGUUCAGGAUGAAUAUUCCAGGAGGUCCUAUGCCCGAUUUGAGGAGGAGGAUGAUGAUGAUGACUACCCUGCCCCAGCUGACGGUUAUUACCGUGGGGAUGGAGUUAGGGAAGAUGACGAAGAAGGGGGUGCAUCCAGUGAUGCUACUGAGGGCCACGAUGAAGAUGAAGAGAUCUAUGAGGGGGAAUAUCAGGGAAUCCCCCGGGGGGAAUCAGGAGGAAAGGGAGAGCGGUUGGCAGAUGGGGCUCCCCUGGCUGGGGUGAGGGGAGGCCUGGGUGAUGGAGAAGGCCCUGGAAUUGGAGGGGAAGCUCAGCGACGGAAGGAGAGGGAAGAGCUGGCCCAGCAAUAUGAAACCAUCUUGCGGGAGUGUGGCCAUGGCCGGUUCCAAUGGACCCUCUAUUUUGUGCUGGGUCUGGCACUUAUGGCUGAUGGGGUCGAAGUGUUCGUGGUGGGGUUUGUGCUGCCCAGUGCUGAAAAGGACAUGUGCUUGUCCGACUCCAACAAGGGCAUGCUAGGUCUCAUUGUCUACCUGGGUAUGAUGGUUGGAGCCUUUCUCUGGGGGGGUUUGGCUGAUAGACUGGGUCGGCGACAGUGUCUGCUCAUCUCACUCUCCGUCAACAGUGUCUUCGCGUUUUUUUCGUCCUUCGUCCAGGGCUAUGGCACUUUCCUCCUUUGCCGCCUGCUCUCUGGGGUUGGGAUUGGGGGGUCUAUCCCUAUUGUCUUCUCCUAUUUCUCUGAGUUCCUGGCCCAAGAGAAGCGAGGGGAGCAUUUGAGUUGGCUCUGCAUGUUCUGGAUGAUUGGUGGUGUGUAUGCAGCUGCCAUGGCCUGGGCCAUCAUUCCUCACUAUGGAUGGAGUUUCCAAAUGGGUUCUGCUUACCAGUUCCACAGCUGGCGGGUUUUUGUUCUCGUGUGUGCCUUUCCUUCUGUAUUUGCCAUUGGGGCCCUAACCACACAGCCAGAGAGCCCCCGAUUUUUCCUGGAGAAUGGGAAACAUGAUGAAGCCUGGAUGGUCCUGAAGCAAGUUCAUGACACCAACAUGAGAGCGAAGGGGCAUCCUGAGAGAGUGUUCUCAGUGACCCACAUUAAGACCAUCCGUCAGGAGGAUGAAUUGAUUGAGAUCCAGUCAGACACAGGGACCUGGUACCAGCGCUGGGGGGUCCGGGCAAUGAGCCUGGGGGGCCAGGUUUGGGGGAACUUCCUUUCCUGUUUCAGCCCUGAAUAUCGGCGCAUCACUCUGAUGAUGAUGGGUGUGUGGUUCACCAUGUCAUUUAGCUACUACGGCUUAACCGUCUGGUUCCCGGACAUGAUCCGACACCUCCAGGCAGCUGACUAUGCUGCCCGAACCAGGCUCUUCGCAGGGGAGCGGGUGGAGCACGUGACCUUCAACUUCACUCUGGAGAACCAGAUUCACCGAGGGGGCCAGUACUUCAAUGACAAGUUUAUUGGCCUGAGACUGAAGUCAGUGUCUUUUGAGGAUUCGCUGUUUGAGGAAUGUUACUUCGAGGAUGUCACGUCCACUAACACGUUCUUCCGGAACUGCACAUUUAUCAACACGAUAUUCUACAAUACAGACCUGUUUGAGUACAAGUUUGUAGGCAGCCGGCUGAUCAAUAGCACGUUCUUGCACAGCAAGGAGGGCUGCCCCCUGGACGUGACUGGGACCGGGGAAGGCGCCUACAUGGUUUACUUUGUCAGCUUUCUGGGAACGUUGGCUGUGCUCCCUGGGAACAUCGUGUCGGCUCUGCUCAUGGACAAGAUUGGCCGACUUCGGAUGUUGGCGGGUUCCAGUGUGAUGUCCUGCAUCUCCUGCUUCUUCCUGUCCUUUGGGAACAGUGAGUCUGCCAUGAUCGCUCUCCUCUGCCUCUUCGGGGGGGUCAGCAUCGCGUCUUGGAACGCGCUGGAUGUGCUGACCGUGGAGCUCUACCCUUCAGACAAGAGGACCACAGCCUUCGGCUUCCUGAAUGCGCUGUGUAAGCUGGCAGCCGUGCUGGGGAUCAGCAUCUUCACCUCUUUUGUGGGGGUCACGAAGGCCGCCCCCAUCCUCUUUGCCUCAGCUGCCCUCGCCCUUGGCAGUUCCCUUGCUCUGAAACUUCCAGAGACCCGGGGGCAGGUGCUGCAGUGAGGGAGAGCCGGAGGAUCCGGGGGCAGCACACUGUGAGACCAACAGCUCCUUCAUCGCCAUCCACCUCCAUCUGGCCCCGAGAACCCCCGUUCCCCUUCUCUCCCCCCGUGUUCGAUGUUUUAGCUGUGUGUGUGUUUGUGCGUGUGCCUGCACGUGUGUGAGUGUGUGCGAGUGUGUGUGUGGUCCUCACGGAGCAGGGGCUACAGAGGAGAGAAUUCUCCCCAAGGAUCUGGAGAAGCUCCAUUUCCUACCUCCAAUAUCCUUAAUGUACACAAGAUUCUUUCCUGAUGUGAUGGUUAAGGUUCCUACCCCUACUUCAGGGCUUAUAGAGAAGGCCCUUAUUCAACCCGAAUGAACCUCAGUUCUUUCCGGGAGCUAAGAUCCAGGAGAAGGGGUGCCGGGGCAGAGCUGGGGCUGAGGUAUCUCUUUCCCCCUUGGCUCUUCUGUGUGUUCUUCAGGGGUGGGAGGAGGCAAGAGGCUGAAGGCCAGGGGUCUGAAGAUAGGAGAUAUGGGAUCUUGGGGAGAGAGAAAUUCCGAAUGGGAAGGUCGCAGGAUGCCCUCCUCUACCUCCCUGUGGAUGCUGGGAGGGGUAGCAAUAAUCCUUAGUCCCCUGGCCUUCCCCUCCCUCUCCUCCGAUUCGGGAUGCCAGUUUGAAUCCCGAGUUUUAUAAAGUUUGAUUUCUUAUUUUUAUUUAUUUAUAUUCAGUUCUGAGGCAGCUCAGCAGGUGAGUGUGUGUAUGUGUGUGUACUGUGUGUAUGUCGUGGGGAGGGGGAUGUUGCUGUAUCGUCUUGAAAUUUAAGCCAAGGGUAAUUUUAACAGGGCCUCACCAACGGUUCCCUGCUUGUCCUUCCUAUGUCACACCUAGGAAGUGUAACCUGGGCUGGGUGGGCAGAUACCGAAACUGAGGGGACGACUCCCGGUUAAACACGAUCUUAGCACAGCGUCCCCUCUCUCUCCCCCUAGAGAAGCACAGGUUCCCCUGCAGGUAGGGGUCCUACCCACUAUAGCACAGAGAGAACAGCACAGGCACCCACUGUCUCCAAAGGGGCCUCAUUCUCGGAGUCAUGGGGAAGCCGAAGAGACCUGGCACUUGGUCAAACCAGCAGACGGCCCUAAAAGCACAAGGAUCCCGGAGUGGGAAGACAGGGUCCCUUUCCCUGAAUCCCUCUAGCCAGGCUGGGAGCUUUGGUGAGGUUCCAGCCCCCAGUCCGGGAGCCUCGGUUCCCCCUUAUAAUCUCUUCCCUCGUGAAAUGGCCCCUGCCAUUUAAACUGUAGCUGCUCCUUACCCUGUGUGAGUGGUCUUUCUCUGGUGCCCCCCACUGUAGUUGUGAUGUAUUGUAGUUUUUAGCUGUUUGUAAAAUGUAAAAAAAAAUAAAAAUAAAAAAAUUAAAUAAAAAAACAGGAAAAAGAGGAAAAGUAUGAAAAACAAAAAGUUAAAUCCAAAUUCCCCCUCCUGCCAUAUUGCGUCUGGUCCUCCCCCCUCAACCCUGUGGUCACUCCCCUCAUUUUGUAACACUGAUCAGGUGGUGACCGUUGAACUCUGUGUGUCUGUGCUCAGACCACCCUUUCCCUUCUGGUGCCAUGUGUUAUGAGCCACAGCUCUGUCACUCCACCCUGCUGGAUGCAACUCCUUCCCCUCCACCCCAGGAGGGGCCGUCCAUCUUCCCACCCUCCUGGGAAUGCCCCUCCCUUCCAGUCGAUGUGAAAAAAAUGAAAUGAAAAUAAGAGAAAAAUAAAAUUUUAAAAAAUCCUUAAAACUGAAA